GUUAAGCUCUGGGGCCAAGUCAACCAAGCAAAUUUCUCAUCUGUCACAGAGUUCCUUUUGCUGGGAUUCUCCAGUCUUGGAAAAAUUCAGCUCAUCCUCUUUGUUCUUUUUCUAUGCCUCUAUAUGAUUAUUCUGAGUGGAAACAUCAUUAUUGUUACUGUCAUCUGCCUGGAUCACAGUCUCCACAUACCUAUGUACUUCUUCCUAGGGAUUCUCUCUGUCUCUGAGACAUGCUACACUUUCGUCAUCCUGCCCAAGAUGCUCAUAAAUCUUUUGUCUCUGCUUAGAACAAUCUCUUUUUCUAACUGUGCCACUCAGAUGUUCUUCUUCCUUGGGUUUGCUAUCACUAAUUGUAUGCUGCUGGGGGUGAUGGGUUAUGAUCGCUAUGCUGCCAUCUGUCACCCACUUCGCUAUCCCAUUCUUAUGCACUGGAAGGUAUGUGGACAACUGGCAGCAGCUUGUGCUGGGAUUGGUUUUCUGUUCUCACUCACUGGCUCACUUUUAGCCUUUAAACUCCCUUUCUGUGGCCCAAACAAGAUCAACCACUAUUUCUGUGACAUUGUGCCAGUUAUCCGACUUGCUUGCACUGAUAUCUACAUUCAUGAACUGUUAAUCUACAUUGGUGGAGUUCUAGUUCUUAUGGUCCCUCUGAUUUUAAUAUGCAUCUCCUAUGGCCUCAUUUUUCACACAGUCAUGAAGAUCCCAUCAGCCGAAGGCAAGCGAAAAGCCUUCUCUACUUGUGCCUCCCAUCUCACUGUGGUCAUUGUCCACUAUGGCUGUGCUUCCUUUGUCUACCUGCGACCGUCAGCCAAGCACUCAUCUAGCAGAGAUAGGCUAGUGACAGUGACCUACACAGUUGUGACUCCAUUGUUGAACCCUAUGGUGUAUAGCCUCAGGAACAAAGAUGUUCAGGUGGCCAUUAGGAAAGUGAUUGGCCAAGGAAGAUUUUAUCCUAAAGCUACAAAAUGA